CAGAAAGCACUGUGAGUCUGAAGGUACCGUAACCUGCUCCGAGCCCUGUAAGAAACGUAAUGAGUUUGUUGGGUGCGUUUCGUAGUAUAUGCUGCCUUGGGAGUCGCACGCACACGCUGAAGUCUGUAAAUGCUGCUUCUUGCUUCAGGUUUUCAUCCUCAGCAGCAAUGUCUUCAAAGCACAAAAAUGCUAAACGAAUCCAGGGACUUGAUGGCAAUGUCUGGGUUCAAUUUACAGCUCUAGCAGCAGACCCCACUGUUGUAAAUCUUGGUCAAGGUUUCCCAGAUAUAUCUCCUCCUUCCUAUGUAAAAGAAGGCCUAGCUCAAGCUGCAGCCAUUGACAAGUUGAAUCAGUACACUCGGGGCUUUGGUCAUCCCCUGCUUGUCGAAGCUUUGUCUCUGGUUUAUGGGAAAGUGUGUGGAAGGAAGAUAAACCCUAACAGUGAAAUCCUUGUGACAGUGGGUGCUUAUGGAUCCCUCUUUAGUGCAGUCCAAGGACUUAUCGAAGAAGGAGAUGAGGUGAGUAUUCAUAUUACCUGGUAGUGCUUAAAGGAGUACAGCAGCCAAAUAAUGUCUGCAUUAUGAAAGAAAAUUUCAUUCUAACCCUCUUGACCAUAUACAAUGAUGAAACACAUCGAAUGAGUUAUUUGUUGAAAGUAAUAUUUCCCCCUCCCACAAGAAACGGUUCUGAAACAGUGUUGCUGUCCUCUGGCAAAGAGUACAUUUUCCAAAAUGGCAUGCAGGUUUGGACUGGCCUCCCAGGGGCCCUACUCAGUUUUUCAUUACGUACACCAGAGAGCCACAGCGCUUAGCAUGGGUUACUUUUGUGACAGUAGGCCCCAGAUGUCAGGUCCUCUGGUGUGCCCUAGUGGCCCAGCCUAACACUGCUUGCAUGCUACUUUACUGGUUUUUCAAUCAGCCUUCUUCUGCUUAUUUGUUUUAAGAGUCAGAAUCAGUAGUUCAGAAAAUAGCACAAGAUAAUAACAAAUAACUUUAAAACCAUGGUAAUUAAAGCAGGAUCCCCUUUGCUAAUGGAAAUGAAAAACCACAGCUCAAAAAAAUCAUCAAUAUCUAUGCUCUAUAGUUCAUUCUUACAUGAGCUUUUUGUUUAAGCUAUCUGAUUUAUUGGCUUUUUUUUAUUAAAAAGAGAAAAUAUGCAAUGGUAACAUUGCUGUAGGUUUUAGAUGAUUACAGGCCAGACCAAAUAAUGAAACAUAGUGACUUCCUGUACUCAGACUUAAUAUUCAAUGUACUGUAUGAGCAAAAUGCUUUUAUAGUAAUGUUAUUUUUAAUUAUUGCCAUUUAUUUACUAGGUGAUUAUAAUUGAGCCAUUUUAUGACUGCUAUGACCCCAUGGUUAAAAUGGCUGGAGCCACACCUGUCAGCAUCCCACUGAGAUAUAAAUCCAGAGGCAAUGGCGUUAUGUCUAGUGCUGACUGGACUUUGGAUCCAGAAGAACUGGCUAGUAAAUUUAGUCCCAGGACUAAGGCAAUUAUAUUAAAUACUCCAAAUAACCCUAUGGGCAAGGUAUAUACUAAAGAAGAACUGCAAGUAAUUGCUGAUCUCUGUAUAAAACAUGACGCACUGUGCAUCAGUGAUGAGGUUUAUGAAUGGCUUCUAUACAAUGGAAAUAAGCAUGUAAAGAUAGCUACGCUGCCUGGUAUGUGGGAGAGGACCAUCACAAUUGGCAGUGCAGGGAAGGCGUUUAGUGUAACAGGAUGGAAGCUUGGUUGGUCCAUUGGUCCGGCACAUCUUAUUAGACAUUUGCAGACAGUCCAACAGAAUUGUAUAUACACCUGUCCAACUCCAUUGCAAGAAGCCCUGGCUCAUGCUCUUUUCAAGGAUUUUAAAAGGAUGGAUGAACCAGACUGUUAUUUCAACUCACUUCCCCGGGAGCUGGAAGCUAAGAGAGAUCGGAUGGCUCGCUUGCUCCAGGAAGCCGGAAUAAAGCCAAUCAUUCCAGAAGGAGGCUAUUUUAUGGUUGCUGAUAUUUCAGUUUUAGGUAACCAAGUGGUUUAGUAAUACAUUCAGGGCAGCCGUAACCACAGCAGAAAGCUAAGAAAUGUGCCACACUAACUGCACAGGUUUGGUGGUCUUUGAUUGAGUAAUAUUUCAUGAUCUGUUGGAAAUGAGAAACACAUAACAUUAACAUAGACAUUCUCAUAACAUUAGACUUUUAUAGUUCUACUGUAACAGUGCUAUUGGCAGUAUUAGAAAAGAUACAUGAGCCACAAAUCAGCAUGUGUAUGGUUAAUCCUAACAUAGCAUUGUUUCAUUGAUUCAGGUAUAACCAUGUAAAUAAUUCAUAAAGUGCACAAUAUUCAGCUGUCCUGCUCCCCCUCUUCUCGGUACUUCACUGUUUUGCUUGUACUCUGACUGGGAACUUUUUGUGUUUAUUAGAUGUGGAUCUUUUUGAUAUGAAGGAAGAUGAACCUUACGAUUACAAGUUUGUGAAAUGGAUGAUUAAAAUGAAGAAACUAGCAGCUAUUCCAAUAACAGCAUUUUGUGGACCAGAAACUACAAAGCUUUUUGAGAAGUACAUACGGUUUUGUUUUAUCAAGCAAGAUAGCACAUUGGAUGCUGCAGAGGUAAUCUUGAAAAACUGGAAUAAGUGAAAAUGAAAGCAAGAGCUCUUUAACCCAGCAUUACAUUGAGAAGCAUUUGUUGAAGAGAAUCCCCUUAACAAAAUGGUUUCAGUAUGGGAUGUGCCAUAAUAUAUUAUGCUUCUUUUAACAAUAAAACACUUCCAGCAUCUCUGUUUGAUGGUACAGAAAAUCAAUAGAUGGGGACUGUUACUAAAGCAAAAGUGAUGUUAUUGUACUUCUGUUACUAGCCACUAGCCAAUAAAACCAGUGCUCACUGACAAAGAUGAGACAUCCCAUCUUGUCCAACGGAUAACAAUAUAUAUAUUUUUUAAUUUAGAAUAUUAUUGUACAAAACAAUGAUGUAUAUGUUUUUAAAAAUAAAUUAACACGUUUCAAAAUUUA